AUACAUUCGAUUUUCUAAAAACAAGUAGCAUAUUCUAACUGGAUAGAAUUUCCCUUGUUUACGUGCCACUAUAGUCAUUUAUUUUAUUUAUGUCCAAAAUCAGAUUACCUCACGAAUUUUGUUGUUUUUGGUCAACAUCUUAUGUUACAGGAUUGGUUCAAAUGAACCAAACCGAGUGAAUAUAUUGUUGACAUACGAAAUAAAAUGCGGGUGAACACGUAUAUUGGUUGCCAAUCUAUAUGCUUUAAAAUUAAUUAGAGAAUUGUUAAAUGUACGUCUUGCUAGCUCACAUCAAUUUAUCAACCAGUUACCAUACAACCCAUUAUUCUUAAAAUGGGUUCCCUUUUGAGAAUUGAGGGCAACACUACCAUUAAGCCAAAAUGCAAUGGGCGAUUAUACUUAUUUGAAGAACGUGGCCAUGAUGCAGAUCGUGGCCAUGAUGCAGAUCUCAUAAAAGAAAGAAGAUAUAGAAAAGAAAACAAUACGAGUUGCCAUAUCUUUAUCAUGUAAGAUAAAAGUCUUCCCUAGCGACCAUCAUCCAUAUCUUCCGCAGGUCAAUAAAUACCCAUGAAAUUUCCAAAACAUAGAUCACUGCACCAAUUAAUCAUUACUUUCUUUUAAGGUCAUCUCUCUACCUCUCACCGGCCCAUUCUCUUAUAUGAUUAUUGUUAGUAUAGUAUUUGAUUACAUUAUACGUUUCUUACUGCAGGUAGUACUAUUCGUAAGAUUUAUCAAACGCAAGCAAAAGAGAUGGCCAAAAAGCUAGAAGCAAAGGGUGGUGAGACGGGAGAUGUAUGGGAUGAUGUUGUUUACGACAAUGUUAGAAAGGUAUAUGUAGGGCAAGGCCAGUAUGGUAUAGCCUUCGUCAAGUUUGAGUAUGUCAAUGGUUCUCAAGUAGUUGUUGGAGAUGAACAUGGAACGAAGACAAAGCUAGGAGUUGAUGAGUUUGAGAUUGAUGCGGAUGACUACAUCGUAUACGUGGAAGGUUACAGUGAGAAGGUUAAUGAUAUGACCUCAGAAAUGAUCACGUUUCUUUCAUUCAAGACGUUUACAGGCAAAACCUCUCAUCCUAUCAAAAAAAGACCUGGGGUUAAGUUUGUGCUACAAGGUGGAAAAGUCGUUGGGUUUCACGGACGUUCCACCGACGUUCUACACUCUCUCGGGGCCUAUGUUUCUUUGUCGUCCACUCCCAAAUUGCUUGGAAACUGGAUCAAGGUGGAGGAAAACGGAGAAGGUCCAGGGCUAAGAUGCUCACAUGGCAUAGCACAAAUAGGUAACAAGAUUUACUCCUUUGGUGGGGAGUUCACACCAAAUCAGCCCAUCGACAAACACCUUUACGUCUUUGACCUCGAGACCCGGACUUGGUCCAUUUCUCCAGCCACCGGAGACGUUCCACACCUCUCUUGCUUAGGUGUCCGUAUGGUGUCAAUAGGAUCGACCCUCUAUGUCUUUGGAGGCCGAGACGCUUCACGCCAGUACAACGGUUUCUACUCAUUUGACACAACCACAAACGAGUGGAAACUGCUAACUCCGGUCGAAGAAGGACCAACUCCUCGUAGUUUCCACUCGAUGGCAGCCGAUGAGGAAAACGUUUACGUUUUCGGUGGAGUGGGUGCUAGGGAACGAAUCAAGACUCUAGACUCUUACAAUAUCGUUGAUAAGAAGUGGUUUCAUUGUUCGACUCCAGGAGAUUCCUUUAGCAUAAGAGGAGGAGCAGGGCUCGAAGUGGUGCAAGGGAAAGUAUGGGUUGUGUAUGGAUUUAAUGGAUGUGAAAUAGAUGAUGUUCAUUUCUACGAUCCUGCUGAAGACAGUUGGACACGAGUGGAAACAUUUGGUGUGAGACCUUCCGAAAGGAGUGUAUUCGCUAGUGCGGCUCUUGGGAAACACAUUGUGAUGUUCGGAGGUGAGAUUGCGAUGGAUCCACUAGCUCACGUAGGUCCGGGUCAAUUGAUCGAUGGGACUUUCACGUUGGAUACAGAGACGUUGCAAUGGGAGAGGUUAGAUAAGUUUGGUGAAGAGGAGACACCGAGUAGCAGAGGAUGGACCGCGUCCACAACUGGGACCAUUGAUGGUAAGAAAGGACUUGUGAUGCAUGGUGGUAAAGCUCCAACCAAUGACCGGUUUGAUGACCUCUUCUUUUAUGGAAUUGACUCUGUCUGAUUAAGCGCGAUUUGAUCAUGACCGUUUGUGAUUGUGUGUUUGUUUGUGUGUGAUGCAAUAAGGGAGGGGUCGUGAAAGAUCCUUCGUCAGCUUAUCAUUUUCUUUUAUCUUUUCUAAUGUUUUUUUUUUUUUUUUU